AUGUCUUCGCCUGGUGCAAAAACUAGGACCACUAGAGGUCUUCCGCCACCUAGGCCAAGACAGAACUUGCCUACUAGGAACAAUUUGAAAGCCAACCCUAAUACAAAUGCCAUUUCCAAUAGCAGCCAUUUGCAAGGCCAUUUCACUACAAGUGCCAGCCAGACCAUAGAAAUAAUAAACAUAGUGCCUAGUUCUCCUAGAUUCACCAGGACCAGUGCAGCCAUGUCUUUGACUAGUCCAAACACAGUGCCUAGUCCUCCUAGAUUCACCAAGAGUAGUGCAGCCAUGUCUUCACCUAGUGCAAACAGAGUGCCUAGUCCUACUAGACUCACUGCUAACCUGUCUCAGCAACCUACUCCCACAAACAGUGUUAACCGAACAGUUCCUGUGGACAACUCACUAGCGCCCCAAAAGAAUCUCCUCAAGAAAACCAUGGGUCAUGGCUUAAAGAAGAUGAUUAAUAGAGGAAAGAAGCUGGCUAUCGAGGUGGCUGAAGGGAAGAAAAGACCUGAGGUCCCACUUCAAGCCACGAAGAUGGCAUCAGAAUGUGGUGUUGCCCUUAGAGACAACCUGCCUAUCUACACAUCUUGGAAAGAUUAUGAUAAUGAGCAAGGGCAGGCAGAAUCAAGGUUGGAUGUGGAUGUUAGGAAUGAGGGACCAAGCAAAGCUGCAUGCACUAAUAUCAUUAAGAAGGGAAGGCCUAAGUACAAAAACAUGGAUCCAGAUCCUGUUGAUUUCUUUGGGGAAUGUAUGAAUAGUCCACAAAAUGGUCGUACUCCUCUUGCAAAUGAGAUAUAUGAACAUAUGGUUGCAGAGAAGGAAAGAAAACCAGAAGAAGGAGAAGCACAAAAGUCUCCCUCCAAGAUUGUUGCUGACAGUCUAAGCCAGAUCAGCCGUUCAUCCACCUUCCUUCCAAACAUUGGUGUUGCUCGAGUGUCAAAGACUACCCGGUCUACAACGACAGCCACAGAAGCAUGCCUGCAAGCUCAGUUUGAGGCAACACUCCAAGCAAAAAGAGAGAAAGUUGCUAGGAAAUAG